UCUCAUAUCAUUUCAUCAAUUCAAUUCAUUUCAAUUCCCACUCAUUGUCUUUGUUGCUUAAAGCUAACACUCACUCACUCUCUCUCUCUCUCUAUCCAUCUCUUCUUCCCCAUCUGCCUGAGCAAAAAAAAAAAAAAAACACCAAACCCCAUCUAGCUAUCCAUUCCAUUCCAUUCAAAAUCAAGAAAAGAUACAUACAUAUAUAUAUAGAGAGAGAGAGAGAGAGUCCCACCAGUUUGACUGGAAAACAAGAUCGAUCAGGGUCAUCUGCAGAUAUCCUAUAGCUAGCUACAUCUGGUAGAGUAGAGUAGAGUAGAGUUACCUCAACCCCGCCCCCCACCAUCCCAGCAAAUAUUACUUAUUACAGUUAUGGACCAUAACGGCUAUGGCAACCAAACCACUCCCGACAGGGCAGCUGAUGAUUUCCCUUUACAGCUUUUGGACAAACCAAACCCUAAUCCCAAUUCCACCUCCAAUUUCGUUGUCAAUGCGCCGGAAUCUUCUUCGCAGCCCAUCAAGAAGCCGCCGGCGAAGAGAACCUCCACCAAGGACCGGCACACUAAGGUCGACGGCCGCGGCCGCCGGAUCAGGAUGCCCGUCGCCUGCGCCGCCAGGGUUUUCCAGCUCACUCGAGAGUUGGGUCACAAGUCCGACGGCGAAACCAUCGAGUGGCUCCUCCAGCAGGCGGAGCCGGCGGUGAUCGCAGCCACCGGCACCGGAACUAUUCCGGCUAACUUCACUUCGCUUAAUUUGUCUGCCCGGAGCUCCGGCUCGACGUUCUCCGCUCCCGUCCAUUUUGCGAAUGAUAAUUACCUCCGCCAGAGCUUGCUGGCUCCGCCGGAGUUUCGAAUUAGGGCUGAUCGUCGGUGGGAGGACUCGCCGCAGGGAAGGGUUUUGUAUCCAGAAUGUCCGGCGGCGGCGAUUGGAAAUGUGAAUGUGAAGCGGAAAUUGAAUGAGACGGCGGCCGCCGGAGAAGAGGAGGAGGGUAUGCCGAAGCGGCGGCCGGAGGAAAGUAUCGCCACCGGAAACCAAACUCCGGUGGGGAAUUAUAUGAUGCAGCGCAGUGCAGGAUCGAUUCCGGCGAGCCAAUUAGGUCAGAUUCCGGCGACGGCGCUUCUCAUGGUGGCUGCAAAUCAAACCAAUCAAGGGAAUAAUUAUCUGAUCGGUGAAUCUCUUUGGAAUUCCCCUCCGGCGGGGAACUAUUCGAGCUUGUACGGAGAGAGUAUGGCGGUUAGUCGAGGAUUGAAUCUGCUGAAUCAUCCGACGGCGAAUUUUCCCGGGCAGGGCAAUGGCGGCGGCGGGGCAGCGGUGGAUGGGCAUUUAGGUAUGCUUGCUGCUUUCAACGUCCUCAGAUCAAUUCCGGCCGGCGUGGAGGGUCAGGCCGGCGGGCAAAGCUCAGGAGGCGGCGAUGGCCGUCAUGUUGCAGCAGGUAGUCAGUCGUGAAUGAAGAUUCCGGCAAUUUAUAUUUAUUUUAUUAUUUUUUUCUUGAUGAAUUUUAAUCUUGUAAUUCUGUUGUAUCAAUAUAUGCAGUCAGUAUAUAUACAUGCUAUGAAUUAGGGUUCCACCCAAGUAAAGAAAUAUAUAUAUAUAUAUAUGUACAAGGGUUUGAUCAAUCUUUAAGCAAAAUCAAAUUUCGAUUUCUGGGUUGAUGUAAGUAAGUCAAUCUUGUUCGAUUUUUUUAGGGUUUCAAAGAUCUAAUCGAAUGUAGAUGAAAUUGACCGUUGUUCAUACGUACUGUACUGUAUAUUUGGAACAAGUCAUUCUUGAUGGACACAGCUGAAUUAUAAAUAAAUACUAAUCCAACAAUCAAAAUUUUAAAAGAAAAAAUAAGAAAGUAUAUCAGAGCCAGGUUUCGAUCCUGGGACCUGUGGGUUAUGGGCCCACC